AUGAGGUUAUCCUCGCUGUACCGCUACCGCUGGCACAUUCGUCUCGUUCUGUACGAGACAUUUCGAGACAGGUCUGGUGAUAGAAGGAGACGUCUGCAGGAUCAGGUGUACAACUAUGACGUCUUUGUGUCGGACUCCGCAGAGGACUUGCGGUGGGUGCAGACGAAACUGAUGCAGGAAGUGGAGCAGCGACUGGGAUUGCGGCUGUGUGUGCAUCAACGUGACUUCCUUGCGGGCAAGAACAUCGUCGACAACAUCGUAGAUACCGUCAACGACAGCAAGAAGAUUCUGAUGGUGUUCUCCACUAACUUUGCUCGCAGUCACUGGUGUCAGUUCGAGCUGGCGUUCUGUCUCCGUCACGUUAUGGAAAAUGAAGAUAACCUGAUUAUCAUGUGUUUGGAGGACAUUUUGUCACGUGAUAUGAGGAAUGUCAUGAUGGCGAUACUGAAAACCAACACAUAUAUUCGGUGGCAGGACCAUCCACACGUUGAAGCCUCUUUCUGGGGAUGUCUUGGGUUUACUUUGCAGGAAGUCAUACUUGCAUAUUAG